AUGAGGAAAUUAACAGUUCAAAAGGAGAGGCCAUCGAUUGGACACCUGAAAAAGGAUACCCCGAAAAUACACCAUCAAGAUCCUUUCCCAGAAGAAGUAUUGAACUACUACUGCUCCUCUACAAGCAGUUCAGGAUUUAAAUUCCUCAUACAUGCCCCAAUGGAAACACCAAAGCUUGCUAAUUAUGGCUUUUUUGUGCCACCUGGUAAAGAGACGAGAGUAGUUGUAACACCAAAGGUCAAUGAAGCAUCAGAUUUAAUUCGUAGGGUUUCCAUUCAGCAGCGUCAAUGUGUUUUUGCAAAUGAAUGGAAUCUCUCUUACUUUCGGACUUAUACCCAAAAGAACUGCGAAAUGGAAUGCGAAUCAAAAACAAUUGCAGAACAAUGUGGCUGUAUUAUGUACUACAUGCCUAAAACUGAGGCAGAUAUUGAAAUUUGCAGUCUAAAAGAUGUCGAAUGUUAUGAGAAUAUUAAGAAUGCCAUCAAAGGUAAUGCCAGCUUUUCCUGCAGUUGCCUUCCGGCAUGUCAUGAGAUUGAGUAUGAGCGGAGAUUUUCUUCCGGUCCAUUGGGAGUUGGGAAGUUUCUUAUAAAAGAACGCUUUCUCAAUAAAUUCGCACCUGAAUUUGUGCGGGAAAAUAUUGCAGUCGUUCAUAUUUAUUUCGCUUCAAAUACCUUUCAUAGUUUCACAAAAGGAGAACUAAUUGGAUUUACAGAAUUUCUCUCUAGCACUGGAGGACUUCUAGGACUCUUUAUGGGUUUUAGCGUUGUUUCUCUCAUUGAAAUCUUUUACUAUAUCUUACUAAAACCACACUGUUUCAAGAGAAAUCAACAAAUUCACACCACUAUUCAAACAAUUAAUCCUGCUUUUACCUCCUGGAAAAGAUCAAACUCCGUAUCACCAGUUAGGAGAUUUUUCCAAAAUAGUUAUGUCGGGAAGAAUGUUUAUCCAUAUUGCGAAUAA